AUGGGAACCCUUAUCAAACCGCUGGUCGGGGUUAUCAGACUCGCAGCCAGUACAAUGUAUAACGUCGCCGUUGUAGGAUGUGGGGCGAUCGGUUUAACAACGGCGUUGGAAAUUCAAAAAAUAUUACCUGGAAGUGCGAAUAUCACAAUAUUCACAAAAGAUGUUAGCCCAUACACUACCAGCGACAUCGCGGCAGGUUUAUGGGAACCUUAUUUGCUGCAGGAAAACAAUGAAGAUGACAUUAUUAGGUGGUCCAAAGUGACUUACGAUUACCUUUUGGAAAUGUGGAAACAAGGAAAAGCAAAAGAUAUCGGCAUAUGUCUUCAACCGGCCAUAAACUUGUACAGCGACGAAAAUUUUAAACAUCCAAAAUGGGCAGCCAUUGCAGUGGGCUGUUGUGAUUUAUCUCCGGACUAUCUCGUACGACUUGGCAAACAGAUCGGCCAAAACAUUAACGCCGGGUUUCUAUUUGUCACAUUCACGUGGGAGGCGCGGAUAUUUCUGCCUUAUUUGCAAAAUACGUUUACUAAAAACGGAGGCAGAAUUAUCGAAAGACACAUCCGAAGCUUAAGCGAACUCACCGACUACGAUGUCAUGGUAAAUUGCACCGGUUUAAAUGCCAGACGUUUAAUUGAUGACGAUAAAUUAAUCCCAAUAAGGGGCCAGAUCGUGAACGUGGAAGCCCCAUGGCAGAAUGUCAUUUACAUAGUUCAGUCGCAAGACGAUAAUUCUUCCUGUUAUAUUAUACCAAACACCCACACGGUAAUACUUGGUGGUACCAAGCAGGAAAGUUUUAAUACCCGAAUAGAUGAAGACGAUUAUAAGAAGAUUUUAAGAAACACGUUGAAGGUAUGCCCUUCGCUUGAGGGGUGCAGGAUCUCGAAGCAUCAAGUGGGACUUCGUCCGGGCAGAAACAAAGUUAGGUUAGAGGGAGAGUUCCUGAGGAUGUCGGAUGGAAGGGUGGUGAAGGUGGUACAUAAUUACGGGCACGGAGGAGCUGGUAUUACGCUGAGCGUGGGUUGUGCGAGGGAAGCCGCAUCGUUAGUUCAAAACUUGUUAAAAGUCGGAGAUAAUAAAUUGUAAUAAAUAAAAUAUAAUAAUAAUAAUAAAC